GCUGGAGUGAAUGGGUGGAGUGAGGUCGCCGGAAACCGGGCUGCGGGGCGCGGAAGGGAACGGGGAACCGGGAGGGGCGGCCGGAGGAGCGGAUCUGGCCUCUCGGCACGACUCAGAACCCCGCUGUCGGAGGAAUGGGGCGCCCGGUGAGCGGGAGCUGCCGCCUGUGAGGAGCCCCCCCCUCCCAUCAGCGCCCCUUAUGUCCGCUUCCUCGGACUCCGUCCCGCCGCCGCCUCUUCUUCUUCCUCCGCAGCCCCCUCGGUUUUAACUCGGGGGUCCCGAGGCUCCGGCAGAAGAAGCGCACCGGCGGGGCGAGCGGCUGGCAGUGUGGCCUUUGGGUGUCCCUGGUGAAACUUCUGGAGAAACCUGAACUUGACACGUGCAGUAAGUCCGUUUCUCCGCCAUAUCGAAAGGUCCAAGGGUAGCCCAGGAUGGCUGCAGCUUCAUAUGAUCAGCUGUUAAAGCAAGUUGAAGCACUGAAGAUGGAGAACUCAAAUCUUCGACAAGAGCUAGAAGAUAAUUCAAAUCACCUUACAAAACUGGAAACUGAGGCAUCUAAUAUGAAGGAGGUGCUUAAACAGCUACAAGGAAGCAUCGAAGAUGAAGCGAUGGCUUCUUCAGGACAGAUUGAUUUGUUGGAGCGACUUAAGGAACUUAACUUGGACAGCGGUAACUUCCCCGGGGUGAAACUUCGGCCAAAGAUGUCCAUGCGCUCCUAUGGAAGCCGGGAAGGGUCUGUAUCAAGUCGUUCCGGAGAGUGCAGCCCUGUUCCUAUGGGUUCUUUCCCAAGAAGAGGGUUCGUCAAUGGAAGCAGAGAGAGUACUGGAUAUUUAGAAGAACUUGAGAAAGAGAGAUCACUCCUGCUUGCUGAACUUGAGAAAGAAGAGAAAGAAAAGGACUGGUAUUAUGCUCAGCUUCAGAACCUCACUAAAAGGAUAGAUAGUCUUCCUUUAACGGAAAAUUUCUCCUUGCAAACGGACAUGACCAGGCGGCAGUUGGAGUAUGAAGCGAGACAGAUCAGAGCCGCAAUGGAAGAACAACUAGGUACUUGCCAGGAUAUGGAAAAACGGGCACAGUUAAGAGUGGCUAGAAUUCAGCAAAUAGAAAAGGACAUACUUCGCAUCCGACAGCUCUUACAGUCCCAAGCAGCUGAAGCAGAGAGGACACCCCAGAGCAAGCAUGAUGCAGGUUCUCAUGAAGCCGAGAGGCAAAACGAAGGUCAAGGAACAGCCGAGAUCAGCAUGGCAACUGCUGGUAGUGGUCAGGGUUCCACUGCACGGAUGGACCACGAGACAGCCAGUGUCAUGAGCUCUAGUAGUACCUAUUCUGUCCCUCGAAGACUGACAAGUCACCUGGGUACCAAGGUAACCGAAGAUUACAAACCACAGGUGGAAAUGGUGUAUUCAUUGUUGUCAAUGCUUGGUACUCAUGAUAAGGAUGACAUGUCACGAACCUUGCUAGCUAUGUCUAGCUCCCAGGACAGCUGCAUAUCCAUGCGACAGUCGGGAUGUCUCCCUCUUCUCAUCCAGCUUUUACAUGGCAAUGACAAAGACUCUGUGUUGUUGGGCAAUUCUCGAGGCAGUAAGGAGGCCCGGGCCAGGGCCAGCGCAGCACUCCACAACAUCAUUCACUCCCAGCCUGAUGACAAGCGAGGCCGGCGCGAAAUCCGCGUCCUUCAUCUUUUGGAACAGAUCCGUGCUUACUGUGAAACGUGUUGGGAAUGGCAGGAGGCCCACGAACAAGGCAUGGACCAGGACAAAAACCCAAUGCCGGCACCCGUUGAGCAUCAGAUCUGCCCAGCUGUGUGUGUUCUAAUGAAGCUUUCAUUUGAUGAAGAGCACAGGCAUGCAAUGAAUGAACUUGGGGGACUACAAGCCAUUGCAGAAUUAUUGCAAGUGGACUGUGAAAUGUAUGGGCUUACUCAUGACCAUUACAGUGUUACUUUAAGACGAUAUGCUGGCAUGGCUUUGACAAACUUAACUUUUGGGGAUGUAGCUAACAAGGCUACUCUGUGUUCUAUGAAAGGCUGUAUGAGAGCUCUUGUAGCCCAGUUGAAAUCUGAAAGUGAAGAUUUACAGCAGGUCAUUGCAAGUGUUUUGAGGAAUUUAUCAUGGCGGGCUGAUGUAAACAGUAAAAAGACUUUGCGUGAAGUUGGAAGUGUGAAAGCACUGAUGGAAUGUGCUCUGGAAGUUAAAAAGGAAUCCACUCUAAAAAGUGUAUUGAGUGCCUUGUGGAAUUUGUCAGCUCAUUGCACUGAGAAUAAAGCCGAGAUCUGUGCUGUGGAUGGUGCUCUUGCCUUUCUAGUUGGCACCCUAACGUACCGUAGCCAAACGAAUACUUUAGCCAUCAUUGAAAGUGGAGGCGGGAUAUUGCGGAAUGUGUCCAGCCUAAUAGCCACCAACGAGGACCACAGGCAAAUCCUGAGAGAAAGCAGCUGCUUGCAGACAUUAUUACAGCACUUGAAAUCUCAUAGCUUGACAAUAGUUAGUAAUGCGUGUGGAACCUUGUGGAAUCUUUCAGCAAGAAAUGCUAAAGAUCAGGAAGCACUGUGGGACAUGGGAGCCGUUAGCAUGCUCAAGAAUCUCAUUCACUCAAAGCACAAAAUGAUCGCUAUGGGUAGUGCUGCAGCUUUAAGAAACUUGAUGGCAAACAGACCUGCAAAAUACAAGGAUGCCAAUAUCAUGUCUCCCGGUUCCAGCUUGCCAUCUCUUCACGUUAGAAAGCAAAAGGCAUUGGAAGCUGAAUUAGAUGCUCAGCAUUUAUCGGAGACUUUUGACAACAUUGAUAAUCUAAGCCCCAAAGCAUCUCAUCGUAACAAGCAGAGACACAAGCAAAAUCUAUAUAGCGACUACGUUUUUGACCCUAAUCGGCAUGACGAGAGCAGGUCUGAGAGUUUUACUACCGGAAAUGUGACUGUCCUUUCGCCAUAUUUAAAUGCCACGGUCUUGCCUGUGCCUGGCUCCUCUUCCUCUGCGCGAGGAGGCUUGGAAAGUUCUCGUUCUGAAAAAGACAGGAGUUUGGACAGAGAGCGAGGGAUCGGACUAGGCGCGUACCAUCCAGCCCCAGAAAAUCCCGGAAACUCUUCCAAGCGAAUAGGAAUGCAGCUGUCCACCACCGCCGCCCAGAUUGCCAAAGUCAUGGAAGAAGUGUCUAGCAUUCAUGUCGCACAAGAUGACAGGAGUUCUGGACCCACGACAGAAAUGCAUUGCAUGGCGGACGAAAGGACCGCCCUGAGAAGAGCGUCAACAGCCCACCCACAUUCGAGUACGUAUAGCUUUCCUAAAUCCGAAAAUGCCAACAGGACGUGUCCUGUGCCGUACCCCAAAAUGGAGUAUGAGCGAGCUUCAAACGAUAGCCUAAAUAGCGUCAGCAGUAGUGAUGGCUAUGGGAAAAGAGGCCAAAUGAAACCUUCCGUUGAGUCAUAUUCUGAAGAUGACGAGAGUAAAUUUUGCAGCUAUGGGCAGUACCCAGCCGACUUAGCUCAUAAGAUUCACAGUGCCAAUCACAUGGACGAUAACGACGGUGAUCUCGACACACCGAUCAAUUACAGCCUGAAGUAUUCAGAUGAGCAGUUGAACUCGGGAAGGCAGAGUCCCUCCCAGAAUGAGAGAUGGGCCAGGCCGAAGCACAUGAUAGAAGAUGAACUGAAGCAAAAUGAACAAAGGCAGUCAAGGGGUCCGAGCACAACCUAUCCCGGGUAUGGCGAAAGCAGCGAUGACAAACACAUAAAGUUCCAGUCUCACUUUGGACAGCAAGAGUGCGUCUCCCCUUACAGAUCCAGAGGAGCCAAUAACGCGGAGCCGAAUCGAGUGGGCUCUGGUCAUGGGAUGAACCAGAAAGUGAACCCGUCCCUGUGUCAGGAGGAUGAUUACGAUGAUGACGAUAAGCCGACCAACUACAGUGAACGCUACUCGGAGGAAGAGCAACAUGAGGAAGACAGGCCAACCAAUUACAGUAUCAAGUACAGCGAGGAGACGCAUCACACAGACCAGCCUAUCGAUUAUAGUUUAAAAUACGCCAGCGACGUCCCGCCUUCCUCGCAGAAGCCAUCUUUCUCGUUCUCCAAGAGUUCUUCAGUGCAGAGCGCCAAAGCGGAGCACAUCUCCACGAGCAACGGAAAUGUGUCCACCUCCUCGGCUGGUGCCAAGAGGCAGGGCCAGCUCCACCCCAGUUCCGUGCCAGGUAGAGGCGGACAGACUCAAAAGGCGGCUUCCUGCAAGGCUCCCUCCAUCAACCAAGAAACAAUUCAGACGUACUGUGUGGAAGACACACCGAUAUGCUUUUCGCGGUGUAGUUCUCUGUCAUCCUUGUCGUCCGCCGAAGAUGAAAUUGGGCGUGACCAGGUGACCCGUAGCACCGACCCCGCCAGCACGCUGCAGAUAACGGAGCUGAAAGAAAGUGCCGGAGCUGGGUCAACCGAGGAUGCCGCAAGCGAAGUCCCAUCCGCCUCCCAGCAUAUGCGAACCAAAUCCAGCCGGCUCCAGACUUCAAACAUAUCGCCUUCUGAUUCGUCGAGACAUAAAGCUGUUGAAUUUUCCUCCGGUGCCAAAUCUCCAUCCAAAAGUGGGGCACAAACCCCGAAGAGCCCGCCCGAGCAUUACGUGCAGGAGACGCCACUCAUGUUUAGCCGCUGUACGUCUGUGAGUUCCCUGGAUAGUUUUGAGAGCCGCUCGAUUGCAAGCUCUGUUCAGAGCGAGCCUUGCAGUGGAAUGGUUAGUGGCAUCAUAAGCCCCAGCGACCUUCCAGACAGCCCCGGGCAAACCAUGCCCCCAAGUAGGAGCAAGACCCCGCCGCCUCCCCAAGUGGUCCAGGCGAAAAGGGAUGCUGCUAAAAGCAAAGGGCUGCAUCCUGACAAAAGAGAACCUGGGCCCAGGCUGGCGGCUGUGAGCGCUGCGGUUCAGCGGGUCCAGGUAUUGCCCGAUGCUGAUACUCUGAUGCAUUUUGCUACAGAGAGCACCCCAGAUGGAUUUUCUUGCUCCUCCAGCCUAAGCGCGCUGAGCCUCGAUGAACCGUAUAUACAGAAGGACGUGGAGUUGAGGAUAAUGCCUCCAGUACAGGAAAAUGACCAUGGAAACGAAACAGACCCUGAGCAGCCAGGAGAGCCAACCGAAAAGCAGGAGAAGGCAGCGGAGAAACCCACGGAAUCAGAGAAGGACAUAUUGGAUGACUCGGACGACGACGACAUUGACAUAUUGGAAGAAUGUAUCAUUUCAGCUAUGCCGACAAAAUCUUCCCGAAAAGCCAAGAAGCCCUCACAGGCUGCUUCGAAAAUCCCUCCACCUGUGGCCAGGAAGCCCAGUCAGCUGCCAGUGUACAAACUCCUUCCUUCCCAGAGCCGAUUACAGCCUCAAAAGCAUGUUAGUUUCACCCCCGGAGAUGAUAUGCCACGGGUGUAUUGUGUAGAAGGCACCCCGAUAAACUUCUCCACAGCUACGUCGCUGAGUGACCUCACGAUAGAGUCCCCCCCGAACGAGUUGGCUGCCAUCGAGAACAUCGGGACGGGGGCCCAGCCGGCCGAGUUUGAAAAGAGAGAUACCAUCCCUACAGAAGGCAGAAGCAUAGAAGAUAUUCAGAGAGGGAAAAACUCGGCCUCAACUACUCCCGUGUUGGAUGACGGCAAAGCCGAAGAAGGGGACAUCCUUGCGGAAUGCAUUAAUUCCGCCAUGCCCAAAGGAAAAAGUCACAAGCCUUUCCGGGUGAAAAAGAUCAUGGAUCAGGUUCAGCAAGCAUCAGCGGCUUCCUCGGGAAGUAGCAUAAGUCAGCCGGAUGGCGAGAGGAAGAAGCCUACCUCCCCAGUUAAGCCCAUGCCUCAGAGUAUUGAAUAUAGGGCCCGAGUGAAGAAAAAUGCCGACUCCAAAAAUAACUUUAAUAUGGAGAGAUCUUAUACGGACCACAAAGAGGCAAAGAAGCAGAAUCUGAAAAAUCACUCCAGGGACUUCAAUGAUAAACUUCCAAAUAACGAAGACCGUGUAAGAGGAAGCUACGCUUUCGAUUCCCCGCACCACUACACGCCAAUUGAAGGCACUCCGUACUGUUUUUCGCGAAAUGACUCUUUGAGUUCCCUGGAUUUCGACGACGAUGACGUUGACCUGUCUAGGGAAAAGGCAGAGUUACGGAAAGGAAAAGAAACCAAGGAAGCAGACGCUAACGCUAGCAGCCAUCCGGAGCCAUCUACCAAUAGAACCCAAAUUUGUCCGAAACCGCCGCCGAGCAGGGGUCAGCCCAAGACUUCACUGCAAAAGCCAGCCGCUUUCCCUCAGCCGUCUAAAGAUAUCCCGGAUAGAGGAGCGGCUUCAGAUGAAAAAAUGCAGAAUUUUGCUAUCGAAAACACACCCGUUUGCUUUUCUCGUAAUUCAUCUCUGAGUUCUCUCAGUGACAUCGACCAAGAAAACAAUAACAACAAGGAGAGCGAACCCAUCAAACCACCGGAACCUCCCGAGACACAGAUCGAAUCGAGUAGACCUCAAGCGUCGGGUUACGCGCCCAAGUCGUUUCACGUCGAAGAUACCCCAGUGUGUUUUUCGCGAAACAGUUCCCUGAGUUCUCUUAGUAUAGAUUCUGAAGAUGACCUCUUGCAGGAAUGCAUCAGUUCCGCGAUGCCGAAAAAGAAAAAGCCUUCCAGACUUAAGGGGGAUAAUGAAAAGAAUAGUUCCCGGAACCUGGGUGGCAUAUUAGCCGAAGAUUUGACCCUUGAUUUGAGAGACAUCCAAAGGCCAGAUUCAGAGCAUGGUUUCUCUCCCGAUUCAGAGAACUUUGAUUGGAAGGCGAUUCAGGAAGGUGCAAAUUCCAUCGUAAGUAGUCUGCAUCAAGCUGCUGCCGCUGCUUGUUUAUCUAGACAAGCUUCAUCUGACUCUGAUUCCAUCCUGUCACUAAAAUCUGGGAUUUCUUUGGGCUCACCAUUUCAUCUCACCCCCGACCAAGAGGAGAAACCCUUUACGAGCAAUAAAGGCCCCCGAAUACUGAAGCCUGGGGAAAAAAGUACGUUAGAAAGUAAAAAAGUCGAGUCUGAAAACAAGGGGAUCAAAGGAGGGAAAAAAGUGUACAAAAGCUUGAUUACUGGGAAAGUCCGGUCAAACUCAGAACUCUCCAGCCAGUUGAAGCAGCCCCUGCCAACAAAUAUGCCGUCCAUCUCCCGAGGUCGAACAAUGAUUCACAUUCCAGGAGUUCGUAACAGCUCUUCGAGCACGAGUCCAGUUGCCAAAAAGGCCCCCCCGCUGAAGGCCCCGGCCUCCAAAAGCCCCAACGAAGGCCAGCCCGCCACGACUUCUCCAAGAGGGGCCAAGCCGACGAUCAAGUCAGAAGCCAGUCCAGUGAACCGGCAGCCAUCCCAAGCGGGCGGGUCGAGUAAAGGACCUUCCAGAUCGGGGUCAAGAGAUUCCACUCCCUCUAGACCGCCUCAGCAGCCACUGAGUAGGCCCAUGCAGUCUCCAGGGCGAAGCUCCAUUUCCCCCGGGAGAAACGGAAUAAGUCCUCCCAACAAGCUGUCUCAACUGCCCCGGACGUCAUCCCCCAGUACUGCUUCAACCAAGUCCUCGGGUUCGGGAAGAAUGGCGUACACGUCUCCGGGCCGGCAGAUGAGUCAGCAGAAUCUUGCCAAACCAACAGGCCUGUCCAAGAACCCCAGCAGUAUUCCCAGAAGCGAGUCCGCCUCCAAAGGAUUAAACCAGGCAGCCGGCGGCAGCGGGCCCAACAAAAAGGUAGAGCUCUCCAGAAUGUCUUCAACCAAAUCCAGCGGGAGCGAGUCCGACAGAUCGGAGAGACCCGUUCUAGUGCGGCAGUCCACUUUCAUUAAAGAAGCUCCAAGCCCCACGCUGAGGAGAAAGUUGGAAGAAUCCGCCUCGUUUGAAUCCCUCUCUCCAUCUUCGCGACCGGAUUCACCCACGAGAUCCCAGGCCCAGACUCCGGUGUUAAGCCCAUCCCUUCCCGACACGCCGCUCUCCACGCAUCCUUCGGUCCAGGCCGGGGGUUGGCGCAGACUGCCUCCCUCUCUCAACCCCGGUGUCGACUACAGCGAGGGAAGGCCGGCGAAACGCCACGAUAUCGCUCGCUCCCAUUCCGAGAGCCCCUCCAGGCUGCCGAUCAACCGAUCCGGAACUUGGAAGCGCGAGCACAGCAAACACUCCUCCUCGCUCCCUCGCGUAAGCACUUGGCGAAGAACUGGAAGCUCUUCCUCGAUCCUCUCUGCUUCGUCGGAAUCCAGCGAGAAGGCCAAAAGUGAAGAUGAGAAGCAGGUGAGUGCUCCCGCGGGCCCCAAACCGGCUAAAGAAAACCAAGCCCCGGCGAAAGGGACGUGGAGAAAAAUCAAGGAGAGCGAGAUGGCUCCCGCAGGUAACACACCUCAGGCCGUCUCCUCGGGCGCCCCAAACGGCGCGGACUCGAAGACUCUGGUUUAUCAAAUGGCCCCCGCUGUCUCUAAGACAGAGGACGUGUGGGUGAGGAUCGAGGACUGUCCCAUCAAUAACCCUAGAUCGGGAAGAUCUCCCACGGGAAACACUCCCCCGGUGAUUGACAGCGUUUCCGAGAAGGGCAGUUCAACCGGUAAAGAGGCAAAAGAGAGUCAGGGGAAACAAAAUGCGGGAAAUGGCAAUGCACCAGUUCGCUCUGCGGGCUUGGAAAAUCGCCUGAAUUCGUUCAUUCAGCUAGAUAGCCCAGAUAAAAAGGGGACUGAAGGCAAGCCGGCCCAGAGCAAUCCGACCCCCGCUCCGGAGCCGGGGGAAAGUUCCGUCCCUGAGCGUACGCCAUUCAGUUCCAGCAGCUCGAGCAAGCACAGCUCCCCAAGUGGAGCCGUUGCCGCCCGAGUGACCCCUUUCAAUUACAAUCCGAGCCCUAGGAAGAGCAGCGCAGACAGCAGUUCAGCUCGGCCAUCCCAGAUCCCCACCCCGGUCAAUAAUAGCACAAAGAAACGGGAUUCGAAAACGGAAAACCCAGAGCCCGGAGGAACUCAGAGCCCUAAACGCCAUUCUGGCUCUUACUUGGUGACUUCUGUUUAAGAGAGCCAGAAUGGGUGAACAAAGAACAUAAUGUAUUAUUUACAACUGCUAUGUAGAAAUUCUGUUUCAAAUGAAACUUUAAAGAAGACUGAAGAAUCUUUUGUAAAUAGGUUUGAUUCUUGUUAGAGGGUCUUUGUUCUGGAAGCCAUAUUUGAUAGCAUACUUUGUCUUCACUGGUCAUAUUUUGGAGGGAUGCCUGAGUGUUUAGGGAAGAAAAGUCGUCGGUAAAGCAAGUAUAUUUGUACAGUACGUUUUACUUGUAUUUAAGAAGAAUCCCAUGGUCACUUAAUUAUUGCCUGUCUUAAAGUAAUGAACAUUACCGAUAGAGAAGAUACAAUGUAAUGCUGUGUAUCAAUCAUUUCUAGAUUAUAAACUGACUAAACUCACAUCAGGGAAAAAAAAAUUGGUGUUAUUUAUGCAAAAAAAAGAAAAAAAAUCUCAGUUUUUGGUUUUGUGAAUCCAUCUAACCCUAUAAUUAAUCAUGUGGCUGUGAAAUUCACAGUAAUAUGGUUCCCGAUGAACAAGCUUUCCCAGCCUGCUUUUCUGCAUGAAUGAAACUGAUGGUUCAAUUUCCGAAGUAUGAUUAACAGUUCUGUGGUCACAAUGAUGUGCAUAGGUAGAUAUGGUGUAACAAUUUACACUACUUUGUUUGUGCUCUGCAAAAAAAAAAAAGGAAAUCUGUGUAACUGUAAAACCUGGAACGAAAUUAUUUUACCGGAGCUAGAUUUUAUCUGAAAGUAGGUAGAAAUUUUGCUAUGCUGUAACUUGUUGUAUAUUCUGGUAUUUGAGGUGAGAUGGCUGCUCUUUUAUUAAUGAGACAUGGGUUAUGUCUCAACAGAAACUAAAUGAACAUUUCAGAAUAAAUUAUUACUGUAUGUAAUCUC